CACCAACCGGACUGCAGACUGCAUUACUGCCAGUCCUGUCUGAGGUUGGUCGUCUCACCAAACAGGAAAAGUGGGAGCUGAAAGACAAACGACAGCAGGAGCACCAAGUGGCACGGCAGCAGUAACCUCGUUAGUGCUGCCAUGAUGUUGUCUGAAGGAGGCUCUUUCAUGAAGGGGAUGGUGAUGGGGGGCCUCUUCUGCUUGGUGCUAUCGCUUCUGGGUAGUUUCAGCCCCAGCACAGAGUCAGGGACAGAAGACCAACACCAUCAUCAUCACGUCAAGGCCCCGAGCAAAGACGAACUGAACCGCCUCUCUGACCCUCAGGUGCAGGAGUUGAUUAAUCAAGUGCGUGUGUAUUGCGUCAUCAUGGUCCAGCCCAAGAUCCUGGUUUACUGGGCUACUGCGGUGGACACAUGGAGCAAACACUGUGAUAAGGCCAUGUUUUACACUUCAGAGUCGUCUAAGGCCCUUGAGGCAGUAGAUCUGAAUGAAGAUGAUGACUGGGCAAGGUUACGUAAAGCUCUGAAGCACGCUUAUGAGAAUGCUGGGGACCUGCGCUGGUUCUUCAUUGCACAAGCCACCACAUUUGCCAUAAUCGAGAACCUCAAGCACCUAGUACUCACUAAGGAUCCCACUGAGCCCUUCUACCUUGGCAAUGCAAUGAAAUCAGGGGAGCUUGAGUAUGUGGCGUAUGAUAGUGGCAUUGUCUUAAGCUACGAAGCUCUGAAAAGGCUAGUGAACGUGCUCAAUGAUGAGGAGAAAUGUCCAGAGAGAGGACGCGCCCUGUGGAAGCUGAGUGAGGACAAGCAGCUGGCCGUGUGUCUCAAGUAUACAGGUGUGUUCGCGGAGAACGGAGAAGAUUCACACGGCAAGGGCCUGUUCAACAGCAAGAGUGUCAACAGCCUGAUAACGGACAGCAUGAAAGACAACCCCAACAAUGUGGUGGAGGGAUGCUGUUCCGAUAUGGCUGUCACAUUCAACGGGUUGUCACCAAAUCAGAUGCAGGUGAUGAUGUUUGGAGUUUACAGACUUCGUCCUUACGGGCACGAUUUUCAUGACUCGUUAGUAUUUUACCCCCCCGAAGGCUCAGACAAUGACUAGAGACCCACUCCUUCGACCAGACUGGACAUUUUAAACGUUUUGCUUCUGUGAUGGCAAACCUAACUUUGGGGAGAGGUUUUUUUUUGUAUGCUGUUUGUAAAACUGGAUCCUGGGCGGGAAUAUCACUAUUAUGUAUUUUGUACUUUUUGCACCUGGCACAGUCAGCACCCCUCAUUCCUUUGUGGUGCAGGUUAACGGUGUCAAUGGGUGUGCCGUCCUUUGAAUGAAGAUAUACCUGGGAAAAUAUAUAAAUGAUGUGACAUGGGGCUGGAUUGUAUGGAAGGUUUGGUUAUUGUAUUAAUAUAUAUCUUAAUUGUUGUCUUUUGUGGUCCUAAAGCUACAUUAGAGAAAUAAGUGAUACUAUUUUCUGAAAAUGACAUGUUUGUGUCUUUAUUUUACAACUCAGAGUGAUUGGCUUUCUUAAAAUUAUGAGUGACUUCUUUUUCCUCCAAUAACACAUCACCAAUCUGACUUAAUGAUUGUAUGAAAGCAUGAUAUAUUCAGUUACACAUGUCACAGCUCAGUCCAGCUUUACUUAAGUGCAUUUCUUGCCACAUGAUGUUUGGUUAUCUCCACAGAUGAAGGAUUUGCCUUCUCAGCUAAAUGGAGGAUAAUAAACCUUAAUGUCAACUAAAAGGGUAAAGUAUAUUUCUUGUCAUGCACCAAAAGUUUUCAGUGAAAGAUUUGUGCUUCUUCCUCGGGCCGUUUCAGAAUCACUGAAACUCACCGAGCUUGUUUUAACAUAUGGGUGUCACACUAAGCAGAUGACUUCUUUGAAAAAAGUAAUUUUGGAUAAUAAAAAUAAAUACAUAAAAUAAAUAUUUUGUGGUGUUGAAUGAUCCACUCUGAGAAACAUACUUUAUGUUUUAUCUGUCAUUAAUGAGAACUGUUAAAAGCUGAGAACAAGUGCUGUAGUUUCUCUCGUGUUGUAGUGGAUUCAUUCCUGAGCAUGCUGUCAAUGAUUUUUGUUGAAGAGAUAUUUUUACAAUGUAGAGACUAUUUUGUAUUUUCUAUUCCAGAAAAACUGUGCUACUGUCAACAUUUUACAUUCUUCCUGAUUGCUGUAUCUAUAUUAACACAAUGUAUACUAAUGUAUUGCUGCUUUCAGGUAAGAAAAUAAAUUAUUUCUUUGUAAUUCUCAUCAAUGCCUUUAGUACUAUUACAAAACAUGACAUGGGAGCUUUUUAAGAGCAAAUGUUGUAAUGUACAAAGUUCAGCCUUUAAAAUGACCAUGAAGUUGAAUAAACAUUUCCCUGCAACAGUUUCAUAGCAUUAU